AUGUUAAAAUUGAUUCAUAAAUAUUUUGCCGCUUAUUCAAUAGUCUCAAUUGAUUAAUUUAUCAAUAAUAAUUGGCUUAAUUAACUAAUCUAGGAAAUUAAAAAAUUCAAAUGCUGUUUGCAACAGCUUAAAUUAUAUAGUUGGUUUUUAUAUUUUGGCAAAUUCUUUUCAAUAAAUUUUAACGAGUUUGUUACUUAAGUUUUCAAUUUAUUAACAACAAUAAGAUUUUGCUUAUAAGAAAUAUUCUUAAUUUUAUUUUUAAAAAUAAAUAUUUUUAGUUAAAUAUAAGUCAAGUUGAAGAUUUAAUUAGCUUGGAUUAUACUAAUUUAAGAAAAUUUAUAAACAAUGAAAAGUAUAGUGAGUGCUAGUGAGUUAGAAUAGAUUGUAAUGAAAUCUUACAGAAGUAAUGACUUUCGUAAUUGUUUAAAUACUCUAAGCAAUUAUAAAUUUAAUCAAAAAAGUAAUGGUUUUUCUAAGUAUUUUAUGGUUAUGUAACUCGAGUCUCACUCUUACUCGACUUCUGAUCUUGGAGUAAUAUAAAAAUAUAUUGAUCAUGUGCUAACUAUAGAUGAACAGCCAAUGGCAAUUUAAACUCUAUUUACUGCUUUCAACGGAGAUCUAAAAUCUUAUUUCAAUCAUAAAUGGAAAUUUAACUUUCUUUUCAUCUAAAAAAAAUACAAAGAUGCUCUUUUAGAAAUGAAGAAUAUGCAUUCCUAGUUGAGCAUUUUUAAAAAAAACAAGCUAAAGAUUGAUCUUAAUUAAGAACAAUUAUUAUUUUUAGAAUACGAAAAGUAAGAAAUUUUACUCAAAUAGAGUAUUUGCGAAAUUUUAUUUUCAAAUUGCACUAACAAAAAUUAGAUGAAUAAUUUAUAUACCCUUUUAUCUGAUAUUUAAAUUUAUUAAAAUGCAUCGAUAAUUAGAAAGACUAAAUUUUAUCGUUUUGGCUUGGCGUAAUGGAACUUUUUUAAUUGUUUUUCUGAAAAUGAUCCACAAUUAAGUGUUUCUACAAUUUUAAACAGGAAUACUAAUGAAUUGUAAAAUUUGAUGAAUGAGAGUCUAAAAUCUUUAUAAAGUACAUUAAAAAUGAGUGGCAAGUAAAUACAUUAAGAAAAUGAUCAAAAAUAAGAAAAUACCGCCUUAAAAAAUAAGUAAAUCAAAUUAAAUCAGAAGUAUUUAUAGAGUCAAGAAUUCGGAGCCCGCAAUUUUAUAAAUUUCAUCUUAAGUAGAUGGUAGGUGAUAAUAGAUGAUCUUGAACCUAUUAUUCUUAGUGAUGCAAAUGAUGGUACUUAAAACUCGUACUAUUAAUAAUAGUAAGAUCAUGAAAAAAUUGUUAUACAACUUUAAGAAUAAUUGAAUAAAAAAUAAACAUGGCUUGAAAACAAACUUUACUAUUUAGUAAUUAUGGGUAUAUGCUAUGAAUAAACUUAAAAUUAUGAAAAAGCUAAAAAUGUUUAUGAAAAACUAUAUAGUGAGCUGGAAUAAACUGAAAAUAACACUAUGUACGAUUUAAUAAAACUAAAUUUAGCUAAUUGUUAUGUGAUUUUAGGUAGUUUCAGCUAGGCUAAAAGGCUUAUUGAAGAAACUAUUUGCAAUACAAGUAACGAAAUAUUCUAAAUCUACAACAAGAGUAUGAUGAAGUUAUAUUUCGAAAAGGAUUACGAAGAAGCCUUAGGUCUUCUUAGCUAUCUUGAAACUUAAAUGAUUUCAAAGAAUGGAAUUUUUGAUCAUCUACUACCUUAAGAGGAGCUAAUUUUGCAAAAGGCAAUAUCUCUAUCUAAAUGCGGAGAUUAAGCAAGUGCAAUCACAUGCCUGGAAAACUUUUAAAUAUCUUGCAAUUUUUCAUCGAUAAUUUCUAUUUCUAUUUUAUCAUUUAUGAUACAAGAGUAUAGCUAUUACAUAAAAAAAGAAUUUAAUUAAUUAAAUUCGGUUGACAUGGUUGGGAGAUUAGCUAAAACUCUAAAUAUCUAAGCUAAUAGCAUAACAUAAAAAUUUUUAUAAGGAUUUGUUUGUACAAAAUUGUAGAAAACUGAUCAGGGAAACAUCAUAUUUAAAGAAAUAGUUGAGUUUUAUGAAAAAAGCUUGCUCAUGAAGCAAAAUACUAUUGACUUAAUUCAGCUUCAGCAAAUUGAUAUUUUUUUAUAUUCUUACUGUUUUUUGUUGGCACAAAGUAGUAAUAAAAAAGAAAAAAAAGAAAUGAAAGCUAGCAUAGAAAAAAUUUAAAUUAAAUCGGAAUAAGAAAUUUAAAUAAUAAGAGAUCUUUUUUUAUUUGUAGAUGUUAAGGAUAGUUAAUUUACUGAUCUCCAAAAUUAAACUGAAAUCAAUUUUGAUUAAAUAUUACCAGCUUUAUUGUCAGUGCUUAUUUCUUCAAUUUUUUUAAAUCAAUAACAUUAACAAAAAUAUUAUGAAUCUAUAAAACUUUUAUUUUUUGAUAAAUUUAAUAUAAUUAAAGAAAUGUCUAGAUAAAGACAACAAAGUAGUUUUUUAGAAUCAAGUGGCUAAAAUAAUAUUCAGAAUCCGCCGAAUAAUUUUACACUUUUUUCUUUUGGAGAAAUGGCUUAAAUUGAUAAAAGUACUUUUCUGCCAUAAAAUAGUAAUAUUUAAAAUACAUUAACAUUUAAUAAAAACUCAUUUGAUAAAGAAGAGUUAUAAUAAUAUCAGUAUAUUGAAAGCCUUCCUUUACCAAAAGAGUAUUGUAACAAAAUGUUUGAAUUAAUAAUUGAAAUAUCUGAGUUUUACAAGGAAUUUAAGAAUUAUAUUGAAAAAAAUUGGACUCCUCAACAAUUCACUUUUUCAAAAAUAAAUGCAGAUAAAGAAGAAGAAAUUACUAUUUCCUUACAAUAAACAUUUUCAUAAUUUACUUCAAAGCACAAACCUCUAAUAAUCUUGUUUUACAAUGAAAUAGCAUAGAGCAUUACGAAAUUGAACGAUUAAAGCUAAAUUAAUAAAUGCUUGCAGCUAAUAUGUUUUAAAACAAAAUAAAUACUAACAAGAAUAAAUUUUAUUUUAUCAAUAUUUUAAUAAUAUUUUUAGCCUAAUAAAUUAGCUUUGAAGCUCACAAUUCUUAAAUUAAAAAGUAAAUAAGGAAACCUAAAUUUAAAAGAAGUUGAUUUUGAAGGCUUUUAAUCCUUUUUUAGUAUAUUAUCAUCAUAACCCUAUAAAGAGUCUCCUUAAGCAUAAUUAGAAGCUUUAGUAUUUUAAGAUUUAACUUUAUUAUUUAAGGAGCUAUUAAUUAAUUAAGAUAAUACUCAAAUUAUUAAUUCUUAAUCCCUUUCAGCAAUCAUAGAAUAAGUAAUAUCUACUAAAGAUACAUCACUUUUCAGUUUAAAUUAAUUUUAUGCAGAAUAAUAGUAGAAUAUAUUUGCAAAUAUAUAUACUAAAUAAAAAUAAUAAAACUCUUUUUAAGAACAGAUUAAUAAUGAAAAAUAAAAUGAAUUAUAAUCUCUUUAGAAUAACAAUCUUCCUUAAAAUUAACAAAUUCAAAAUAAAUAAAUAAAUCUAUAAUAAAAAAAAAAGAAAAAAUCUAAUUGUAAAUGUGUUAUUUUUUGA